AUCGGUCAUAACCAUAAGAAACAUUGCAAUUCCUGAGCUAUCCCUCACUUGCUCGGCCCGGACGCUUGCACGCAAGGCUUGCAAAGUUAGACAGACAAUUAGCUAACACGCUAACACGCCAUUAUAGUAACCAGCCAACAACUCAUUCUAGCAGCUCCACAGCGUAAACGCUGCGCUGGAAGGAGCCACCACACCUGCAACACCUCUACCAGCUCCACAGAAUGUCCGCAAUCCGCAUGACAUCAAUUUCAGUGGCAUCAGGGAGACUGGCGCGACCCUCGCGGAAGUCGGCGGUGGUCCAGUGCUCAAAACCGGGCCCUGCGCCCGGCCCCGCUGACGGCCAGAACAACAACAACAAGCGAGGGUUAAAGCCUGGAAGUGGGGCGGGCAAGAGGGCGAAGCAGCCGGGCCUCUACGAGGUGCAAGUGGUGACUCCGCCGCCUCGCUCGCUAGGCAUCUACGCGCUGCCCCCCAACACGCAGUGCGGGGAGGAGAUCGACGUGGAGGGGCAGGGAUACGUGGUGACGACGGUAGUGCUGCAGUACAAGCUGCGCGGAGGCAAGUACGUACGUCACCACAACCGGCUAGACGUGCAGCCCACGGGGCGCUGGCUGGUGAACCAGAUGCUUGAGAACCUCAUCAAAGCCCGCUACGUGGGGCCCACCGGCAGCCAGGAUUAACGUGGCGAGCUGACGGCUAUGGGAUACCUAUGGUGUGGGAGGAGCUCCACGGAAUGGGCGGUGGGAGUGGCUGCGUGAUGAGGGAUGUGGACGUGUGCGCAUGUGCUGGGUUGCUGGCGAGGGAGCACCGCGUCUUGCAACAGGCAGCAGGCAAGACGGUGGCUUUGUGCCUUUAGAGUGGCCGUUUGUGAGCGGAGUGGCAGAGCUGAGGGUGUGCGCUGCUGCCAGCUGGCUGGUUAUGGCUGGAGGCAGUCACACCGAGCGUUUGAGAGGUGUCCAGGACAGGAGCUCAGAAGGCUGGCAGCGGCAGAUGUCGUGUGCAGGCACAGCACAUCCACACGCGCAGCACGGGUGCGUUGUAUGGUGUGAGCCCACGUUGCGCAGGUGGCGGUGGCAUGAGUUUUACCGUUGGCCUUACAGUUGGACCAGGUCGUGUUCGAAAUUAGAAGUGACAAGGGAGGGGUCGACCCGGUGCAUGCGAAGCCGCAAGCAGCGUGCCGUCAUGUGUACGGCAUAAGGCUGUCACUGUGCAAGUCGAGGAACAAGGUUGCGAAAGAGGUGGGUGCAGAUGGCGAGUACCGCGUUACAGUCAUGUAGGGACGUCUUGUGUACAGCAUGCACGGCAAGAGGCGAUCGGCUAACUGUAAGCAGUAGUACGGUGU